CAAUACGACAACGUUUAACCUAGGAAUUGAAUUCAAUCUUAUUGAAUGGUAGCACAAUCUUUCUCCUUUUACCACUCCACUCUUCUCGUUCCAGCUUCUCCAAUUCUCCAUUUUUCCGCGAAAUCGAAUGUGGAACUUUGCAUCAAACUGCAUUGCUGGAAAUGUGGAACUGAAAAAUGAUUCUUCAAAGCUAACUCAUUCUGGUUCGGAAUGUUCUGAUGACGAGACUUCUGUUGUGGGCAGAGAGGAAGGACUGGAAUGCCCGGUAUGCUGGGAAUCUUUCAAUAUUGUGGAAAAUGUACCCUAUGUUUUAUGGUGUGGCCAUACCCUUUGUAAAAAUUGUAUCCUCGGAUUGCAAUGGGCUGUUGUGAAGUUUCCGACGUUGCCAGUUCAACUUCCGCUUUUUAUCUCCUGCCCAUGGUGCAACCUUUUAUCCUUUCGUUUAGUUUAUCGGGGAAAUCUUAAGUUCCCUCGCAAGAACUACUUCCUUCUUUGGAUGGUUGAGAGCAUGAAUGGCGAUAGAGUAAAAUCACAUUCAACUUUCUGUGGGGAUAAUCAACAAAACUGGCCAAUCAAAGACAACUCAACCACAGGAAGCCAGGUAUACAAUGGUAGCCUUCGGAGGGGGCAAGUUCGCCAGCCAGAGACACAUAAUUCCAUUCAGUAUCAUGGUCAUACUGGCAACUACCUCAGUAUGCAAAGAUUGCAUAUUUCUCUGCGAAAGUCACUGAUUUUCUUUGUCCAGUUAACAGCUAAGUUUCCAUUGGUCAUCAUAUUUCUUUUGAUUAUUUUGUAUGCAAUACCAGCCAGUGCAGUCAUUUUGGCUCUGUAUAUACUCAUUACAAUUCUGUUUGCUCUCCCAUCAUUUCUCAUCUUGUACUUCUCAUAUCCUAGUUUGGAUUGGCUUGUCAGGGAAAUCAUCACCUGACAUGGUGAACUAGUUUAGGCUCCAACUUUUCAAGUUAUCUUCUCAUAUCCUAGUCCUUUGCAAGAUGUGUCAUUUCUCUUCCCCAAUAGAGCCUCACAUAAUGACCGUAUACAAGAAUCUUGGCUAGUUGGAUGGUGUGAUGUCAAUUUUUACAUUAAUAGCGUUGAUGGUCAACCAGGGCUGUGGAAUUGGGUAAUGAUAGUGCUCUUACCUUUUCUUGGUGGCAAAUAUUUGUUUGAUCAAUGUAUGUUGCUUAAUAUGGACACAUGGAUGCUGCUCCUAUUGAUUUAGCUUAUACUUUGAUGUUUGUAAAAUGUAUAGCAUAUAGUAAUUGAGUUAUUUUUCUAGCUAUGAUGGAAGUACUAUCUGAUUAAUUUGAAAUUAGUUUCUGUUCUUCUGCUA